GAAUCAGUCUUAAAAAAUAACAGGAGAAAACUGACCAAGAAAAGGACUCUAAUAGCUCGUUUUUCAGUUUGGUUGGGGUGGACACCACUUUCUCAGCAGAAUAAAAGGAUUUGGUUACUGUAUACAGUUCAGAGAUGAGCUGCUGGAAACUGCUUGGCUGCAACAGAAACUAGAUACGUAAAAAACAAGCUAAGAAAAACAAAACUUUACACUCCACUGGCGACUGGCUUGAAGAGCAUCAGCAGUGGAGCACUAUGACAAUACAGCAAGUCCUAUUACUUCUGCUGCUCUGGAUGUGGCUGCCACAUCCCUGCCAUACAGAAAUGCUCUUCAGAAGGACUCCUGAUCUCAGACCCAAAAGCUUUGGAGGACGUGCUUUAGGGAAUGAUGGGAAAGCAAUUCACCGCCAGAAGCGAGGCUGGAUGUGGAAUCAGUUUUUUCUUUUAGAAGAAUACACAGGAUCUGAUUAUCAGUAUGUAGGCAAGCUUCAUUCUGACCAGGAUAAGGGAGAUGGAUCCCUAAAAUACAUUUUGUCAGGAGAUGGGGCUGGUACUCUUUUUAUAAUUGAUGAGAAAACAGGAGAUAUUCAUGCAACUCGGAGAAUUGACAGGGAAGAGAAAGCAUUUUACACCCUGCGUGCCCAAGCUAUCAAUAGAAGAACUUUGAGACCAGUGGAACCUGAGUCUGAGUUUGUCAUCAAGAUCCAUGACAUCAACGACAAUGAACCAACAUUUCCAGAAGAAGUUUACACUGCUAGUGUUCCUGAAAUGUCAGUAGUAGGUACUUCUGUGGUCCAAGUUACAGCUACUGAUGCCGAUGACCCUUCAUAUGGAAAUAGUGCCAGAAUAAUUUACAGCAUACUUCAAGGGCAGCCAUAUUUCUCUGUGGAACCAGAAACAGGAGUCAUCAGGACUGCGUUGCCGAACAUGAACAGAGAAAACAGGGAGCAAUACCAAGUAGUUAUUCAGGCAAAGGACAUGGGAGGCCAGAUGGGUGGAUUAUCAGGGACCACCACCGUGAACAUCACACUGACUGAUGUCAACGACAAUCCACCUCGCUUCCCCCAGAGUACCAUCCAUCUCCGCAUUCCUGAGUCCUCCCCAGUUGGGACAGCCAUUGGCAGUGUUAAAGCUACAGAUGCGGACACUGGGAAAAAUGCAGAAGUAGAGUACAGAAUCAUAGAUGGUGAUGGGACUGAUAUGUUUGAUAUUGUGACACAGAAGGACACGCAGGAAGGCAUCAUCACUGUGCGAAAGCCACUGGACUAUGAGACAAGACGACUUUAUACUUUGAAAGUAGAAGCUGAAAAUACCCAUGUGGAUCCCCGUUUCUAUUACCUUGGGCCUUUCAAAGACACAAUUAUUGUGAAAAUCUCUGUAGAAGAUGUAGACGAACCUCCUGUUUUCAGCAGGUCUUCUUACCUUUUUGAGGUGCAUGAAGAUAUUGAGCUGGGGACAAUAAUAGGAACGGUAAUGGCACGAGAUCCUGAUUCUGCCUCAAGUCCAAUAAGGUUUUCUCUGGAUCGUCACACUGACCUUGACAGGAUAUUUAACAUUCAUUCUGGAAAUGGGUCCAUCUAUACUUCUAAGCCCCUUGACCGUGAGAUAUCCCAAUGGCACAAUCUUAGUGUUAUAGCAGCUGAGAUUAACAACCCCAAAGAUACUACUCGUGUUCCUGUCUAUGUAAGAAUUUUGGAUGUUAAUGACAAUGCCCCACAGUUUGCAGUAUUCUACGACACUUUUGUCUGUGAAAAUGCAAGAGCUGGACAGCUUAUUCAAACCAUAAGUGCAGUAGACAAAGAUGACCCUCUUGGUGGACAAAAAUUUUUCUUCAGUUUAGCUGCCGUUAACCCUAACUUCACUGUUCAGGAUAACGAAGAUAACACUGCCAGGAUUUUGACGAGGAGGAAUGGCUUUAGUCGACAUGAAAUAAGUACGUACCUUCUCCCAGUGGUGAUCUCGGACAACGACUACCCGAUCCAGAGCAGCACGGGCACGCUGGCCAUCCGCGUGUGUGCCUGUGACAGCCGGGGCAACAUGCAGUCCUGCAGCGCUGAGGCCUUGCUGCUCCCUGCCGGCCUCAGCACGGGGGCACUGGUGGCCAUUCUCCUCUGCAUCAUUAUCCUGCUAGUUAUAGUGGUGCUAUUUGCUGCUCUGAAGAGGCAACGAAAGAAGGAGCCUUUGAUCCUUUCUAAAGAGGACAUCAGAGACAACAUUGUGAGUUACAAUGACGAAGGAGGUGGAGAGGAAGACACCCAAGCCUUUGAUAUCGGCACGCUGAGGAAUCCUGCAGCUAUGGAAGAUAAGAAGCUUCGGCGAGACAUUAUCCCUGAAACAUUAUUUGUGCCACGGAGGACUCCUUCGGCACCAGACAACACGGAUGUCCGAGAUUUCAUUAACCAAAGGCUAAAAGAGCACGACACUGAUCCCUCCGCGCCGCCGUAUGACUCGCUUGCAACCUAUGCCUAUGAAGGAAACGAUUCCAUAGCUGAAUCCUUGAGCUCCUUGGAGUCAGGUACUACCGAAGGAGACCAAAACUAUGAUUACCUCCGAGAGUGGGGCCCUCGGUUUAAUAAGCUAGCUGAGAUGUACGGUGGAGGAGAAAGUGACAAAGACACUUCUUAACCUACAGUAGGCUACUUUUUU